AUACACACAAGACAUGCAUUAUAUGUGCAGCAUUUAAAGUUAAAGGAUUAUUUUGCCAAGAUCACUUUUAAUGCAAGCUGAGGCUAAGCAUAUAUUCAUUAUUUCAUAAGCAAUGCAUCCGGCUGAGAACGAUGCAAUCACAGAUGAAUACGAAUUUUAUGACUCAGACAAAGUCAUUCAAAUCAAUCUGAAAAAUGUAUUGGCUAAGAACCUCACUUCGCGCUGGCUAAACAGCAACUAUAUUUCACUUUACAAUGCUUCACCUCGUGACCAAUAUAAAACGACUGUAUCUCAGCGAAAUCCGAUUAUACAAAUACUAAGCUGGGACCGGAUAAUAGCUGGACGCAAACUGAUCUGCGAAUUUCACAUAAUAUUCGUAAAUACAAGGACUCUGAAACCAGCUAUCCGACGCCCUGUCAAUAGAGAUGUCUUAGAGAUAAGUCAAAGAUAUCAAGAAAGCUUGUACUCUCUAAUAUCGAGUCAUGUACCAACCAAGCAAAAAAAUAGCGAUUUGGAAAUUGAGCUGUCCUCCUACGGAGUGAUAGGUAUGAUAUGGAAUAUCGCCGAGAUCGCUUUGUUUACCGAUGAACCUGUGUUACCAGGACUUCUCAACUGGGUAUAUGCAUACUUUUCUCCGAGAUUAAAGGAAGAGAAAAUAGAUAACUGGACACACUCGACCUGUCCACAAAAGGAUCCGGAAUACUGGGAACUCGUUUAUGCCUAUGCUAUUCGGGGGAUGAUAAGAGAAUUAAUGCAAUUGCUAUCACUGUAUUCUGUCGAAGGCGAGCAAGAUAGUGCCAGCCUUUAUAGCAUAACGGGGAAAAGCGUAUUGUCUCAACUGAAUCAUAUUCUUAAAGACAUACCUCUACUGACUAAACAAGAAACUAUUCAAAGCGCCUGGACGAAAUGGAAAAUGUCUCUAACAGAUUUGAUACAUCAAGUGGAGUCAAUGAAGCCUCAACUACCACGAAAUCUGGUGAUAUUGCUUCUUAUUUUAUCAGGAGAUAUUAAUGUACUGAAACAAUAUAGCGAUAAUUGGGCAAUUCUACUUGUUUCUCAGAUAAUUUAUAAGCACCAAACAUUUAAACCAUUGCAGUUGAAGUCAAUAUUAGAAGCUUCUAUCAAGUGUACACUACUCCCAGAUGGAUCUAUUCAAGAAUUAGCAGGGCUAGAUUCCAACACAAAUAACCUCGUCAUGGCAGUCAUCAAAAGGGAUAUCAAAAAAAUAGUACACUUGAUCUUAGAAAGAGAAAAUUGGUGGUUUGCAGUGCAUUUCCUAGACCUUCUGUACAUGGCAAAUCUGGUUCCUGACACAUAUGAUAGGUAUUUCGUAGACGAUGGUAAUCCGUCUUUGCGAGAGUAUACAGUAUUAGAGUAUUCAAAGACUUUAAGUUCAAAUAACAUGCCUAUUCGAAUUAUUGCAGACUACUUAGCCUGUUGCACUAUGUACGGGAAAGUGCAUUUAACAUAUUACUUGGCUCACCAACCCAUUAAAUCCCAAAAAGAUGCUGCCAAACUUAUGUCCCUUUGUUCCGUAUUUGGACUAAAUGAAUCUAAUGGAGUUACCAAAACAAUUUCGCAUGUGAUGAUGAGGCAAUCCCUAAGACAUAAACACAUAUUAGGUGCUCUAUCUUGGUCGUGCAAAUCAUGCAAAUGGCAAACCGAAAAACUCGUAGAAUCCGUCUUAGAUAAAUUCGUCAUCAGCUUUGUUAACGUUCCAAUAGACGAUGUAGACAAUCCAAGGUUCAUAUAUCGGUUAUUCCGUAUGCAAAACACAUUCAACUUGUUGAUGUCUACUAUGCGUCACAUCUCGCCUAAAGUACAUUUUUUAAAUUUUUAUUCUGAAGCUCUGGAUGCAUAUAAGAAAAGGGAAUAUCGGCAAGCUGAAACUCUUUUAAUUGAAGCUAUCUCGCUUGAAGGCGCCCCAAAAAAGUCUUGGCUAUUGUUGAUAGAAAAUUGUAUGCAUAUUGCAUUGCAAGCUCUGCCUUCAGCUACAGAAUAUGCUCUUACACCGAAAAAUAUCUGCGUCUUAAUAGAACGCUUGGAGGAAUUACUGCUAGACAAAAACUCAGAAAAAUGGUUCGAAAAUUUCAGAGGAUGUCAAGGCAUCCAAAUCCUAAAUUUAAAGGCCUAUGAAAGCUUUAAGCCGUCAAUAGAGUGCACUUUUAAAAAAAAGAUAGAUAGUUUAAGGCUGGCUUUAAUGCAGUUGUUAAAAGACGCCAUUCUAGAAGGGAAGUAAAAAUAUUGAGAAUUGAAUGAAUAGACACUGAAUUCACUAAAAUUUUAACCGAGAAAAGCACUAUUGAAAAACUUUGGUUUAUUGAAAAUAAGAAGGUGUGCUAGUACUAGUAUGUAUGUGAACAUCAAUUCUUCUUCGAUUUCGCUCUGGGUUUUUCCACUUGCUCUUGAGUAGAAGGAGGUUCGUAAGCGUUGUACCCUUUAAAGUCAUCCCUAUCAAUAAAAGCUAAAAACAUAAAUGAGAA